CUGACUUCUCGACCUUAUUAGUCAGGGGAUCUACCGCACCAGUUCCAUCGUCUGCUGGUCCACCGACGUCGACCGCCAUUACACAGAUAAUGACCUAUCCGAUGGGUUAGGAGCACAGCUGUCUCGCGGACACUGGAUAAUAACUCAAUAUGUGUUGCUGAAAAAAUAUACGACGCUGGAUCAGAAGACGAGCUCAAAAUUAUUCCAUGACAGCCGCCACAAUCCGAUAUAACUCUUCCAGUGACUCAGUGGCCAAAAACGGCUUAGGUGCUAGUGACCGAGAAACACACAUGCCCGAUUAAGUUGGAAAUUGCCAGUUGAAGGAAAUAACUUUGCAAGGCUACUCGUCGCUUUGGAAAUGGACGAAGUUCUCUGAAAUGCCGAUGGAUUCGAGAUUUGAUGCGCAACGACUACUUUGCUAUUUCUCCUGAUCGCCCUCGUAUUUGCUACACCGCUGCUUACUCUGAUCGCCCUCGGGUUUGCUACUUCGUUGCUUACUCUGCAUUGUCAUAAUACAAGCUGAAGCCGAACUUGUUCGAGGAUUACUAAAAACCUGGUAAAGACAUGAAGACGGUACACGCCUCUGCCCUGUUGCGCUCGUUUCUGCGAGGCGUCCGCCGCUCGUUACACUUUUUCCUGUUACCUUUUAUCACAAUGUUCAAUUUCUUCUACCCUCGAGGUCCCAUUCAACUGAUCUGCAAUACUGGCUCGGCUCUCAACGACAGAAAUCCUCCAUCUGAUGACCUCGCUGUGAGUUCAGAUGCCGCAAGGCCUAGUCCAUGCGUUCUCGACAUUAUUCAGAAAAGCGUACCUUCUCUGUGCGAAAAUACCUUCAGGUUCAAGCCACCAUUUGCCAUUGCUAAUGCGCAUAUUCAGACUCUACUCAAUCACCUUGGCCAAAAAGAUAAUCUUAUUCCCUAUGACAGACACUUCGUCCCAGCCGAUAAUGGCGGUACAAUAGCUAUUGACUUCGCUUCCACUCCGUGGCUGAAUGGCAGUGCUCCGAUCGUCAUCAUUUUGCCUGGUCUCCUAGGCAGUUGGCGCGAUGCGUAUGUCAAAUCCGCCACUAGAGAGCUAUCCAGGCUCAGUGAUGGACCAGUGAAAGGCUACAGAGUAGUUGUUGUGAAUUCAAGAGGCACACCCGGAAACCCUCUGACGAGCCCCCAUAUCACGCAUCCUGGUUCAACAGAUGAUAUCAGAACAGCUAUCUUGUAUAUCCGCAAGAGCUAUCCAGAUGCAAAGGGCCUUUUUGGCUUGGGUUUCUCCAUGGGUGGCUCUAGGCUUACAAAUUACUUGGCGGAAGAAGGUACGACUUGUCCUCUUGAUGCUGCAUUCUGUAUUUCCACCGUCUUCGAUUACUUGUCAUGUCACGUAUGGAUAGAAGAGGAACACCUUCUGCGUCGGAUAUUCUAUAGUGGCUCCUGUGGUUCGCGUUUAACAAGGAUGGUCCGCGAACACGAAAACCUCUUCAGAGAUGCAAAUUCUAAAGGACUUGAUAGCUUAUUGUCAAAGAGAAUGGUUUACAUGAGUACGUUCAAUGACACGUUUAUGUCAUACCUUGCUGGUUAUCCAGACACUCCCGAAUUUUCCGCCGAUACGAGUCCGAUCUUCCACAUUGGCAAAAUACACCGUCCAUGCGUGCUGUUGAAUGCGCGAGAUGACCCAUUUUAUGGCGGAUGGUGUGUUGGAGACGUGGAAAGGGUUGUUCGCGCCAGCGGUCGAAAGAAUCUAGUCCUAGCGAUUACCGAACAAGGCGGACACGUGGGGUGGUUCCAGAAGGCAAAGGACGGAAGAUGGGAACAAUGGUUCGUUCAUCCUGCACGGGAGUUCUUUGAUGCUAUAUCGCAGUCAGAUUGCUGGAACAACUUCCAUUGUCCUCCAUUCCCAUUCCGCAUUCCGAGGCGUGAUCCUAAUGGCAUGGAUGAGCCCGACUAUGUCGAGACGUCAGAUCAAGAGGAGUUGGAAAUCAUCCGCGGCAUGCGCAGCGCAAUGCCAACGACACCCAUGGUUCUUUCACCGAUGACAUGGAGCCCGAAUCUGCCCAGAAAACGUAGAAAGUUCUCCCAUAAUGCCACUGAGUCUGACGAUGUGGGUCGAAUAUCAUCUGGCGUCUUAUCUUCACUAGACAGCGGGUCUACCACACCUGUUCCACCAUCUCCUGGUCCUGGUCUACCAACUUCGACUACCGUCUUAGAUGAUGGGUUAUGUCAUGGUGAAGAAUCACUCGUGGACAAUGGGCUCAAUAUAUUGGCCACGGUGGAUGACGAAGCCAACUACUCUAGAAUCUUCUCGCAGACUCUGGAUAAUACUGCGAUGGACGUUGCUUAUGAUGUGCAUGACACUGAAUCCGAAGACGAGCUUGAUAUUAUCUCACGAAAGCUGUCACAAUCCGAUGCAGGACGCACAGCUUACUCACCCUCUCGUGUUUUGGGCUUAGCCAAAAACCAUUCGGACCCUUCCAACAGCCCAACGGUCGAUAACGGCUUGGGUGUCAGUGAACGAAAAACACAUGGGCGAUCUCACGAUCCACGUAUUUCUUUACUUUCAUCGCAACUCGAAGACGAACUGAACCACGAAAGUACAAGUCUGGAUAAUGUUACUUCAGACCCGUUUUCUCCGCAGCCGGCAAGGCCAUCAGCAGAACGGCCUAGAUUCUCAAGCUCGCCUCCGUCGUCACCUCGGGCGCCCUCUUUGAACCCUAGCGUGCCGCAAGGUUCUCGUUACGCCUCUCCUGGUCAUGUGGGUAUCGUUCAGCCACAAUCAAGCACGGGUAAUCAGGAUAUCGGGAACUCGUCGCGACCGGCCGGCAUUAGGGAGAGCAUUUUGCAGGCUACCAACGGUGAAGAUGAUGAUAUAAAUCCUCGCCGAUACUCCCUACGAGCCCGCCAAGCCCGACAAUUGAAUCCAUAUGAAUAUGAUAAACGAUUGUACAAACAACAGAUGAAACGUCUCCCUGACGCAAUCGUCAAAGUAGUCAGCCCACGGAGACAUACCCCUGGACGUACUCAUAGGCACCGACAUGGAAGCGAGGACAACGAUUUUAUCGUUUCCGAGAAUGAGGAUGAAACGCAGGGAACAGCAAGGAGAAAUGAGAAGAACCGCGGAGCUUCUGAGACGUUACAGGAAGGCUAUGAUGACCAGGAAAAAUCCAUCACAUGGCUUCCAAAGGCAUUCAAUAUGAGUGAUGAUGAACUCUCACCACUACCUCCGGCUGUAGCAAGAAAAUCUCCGGUGGUAUCUGCGUCCGAGGAUCUUAGCGAAUCUCAUAAAUCUCUGCACAAGAAACUCCAAAGGUUCCCUCUGAAGGAAGCAAGAUCACGGAGAGAAGAGCAUGCCGGGCCUGCCAACGAAAGUGAGAUAGAAACUCAUGGCAAAAAUACUUCAGCUAUAACCUAUGCGAGAAGGAAGAAAACCAAAUCGGUCUUCAGAGAUCGUUCAAAUAGUACUAUCGGAGGGAAUGCGGCCAGUUUGGAAGAUGAAGCACGUCGCAUUUCACCUUUCUCGGCUCACCAAGUCGACCAACAAAACGGGUUUGGAGACGCCAUCUUGGAAGGCGAAGACGAUGGAUUCCUUCACGGUGAUCAGAAUGGAGACGCUCACAUGGAGCCUGCUGGCAUUACCAUCUCGUCAGAGGACCAGUGCGACGAACUUGACGACGAGGAUCUGGCAAGCAAUGGUUACGCAUCGCUCCGUCAUGGUGAUGUUUCGGGGCACAAUAGUCCACGGCACGCACGUAGCAGUUCCGAGUCGACCUCAGUUUCUGAUGAGGAUGAACGGAAAGUAGAACUUGCUCGGCGUGAUAGGAAACGGUUACGACAACUUCAUCGAAUGAUGCCUGCAGUAAUGGUUGCUCGCCUGAGUGAGCAAAACCCGUUUGCCAGAAGGAGGCCAGCUCGAUCGCGUUCAAAAUCAGCCAUGAGUGCGGGGGACAACAGUGGAAAUGAUGAGCACAAUUCACUGGCUCCAGGGAGAUCGCGGAUCUGGAAGCGUUCAAGUACUACGCGAACUGGUUACAUUGAAGGAGAUUCGGAGAGCUCUGAUCUAGAGCCAUUCGCCGGCAACAAUCGUCCUGAGAACGUGGUAAAUGUAGAAUCGUCAUCAGAGUCGGACAAAUCCGUGACGAGCCCGUCUAGCACCGAGUCCAACGGCGACAGCCUGGAGCAGUCGGUUGCCGAUGCAGGAUACUUUGACUAUGACUUUUCAAGGCAGCCCAUGCGUUGGAAGGAAGAGCCCUUAAUUGAUCACAUGUUGUGUCGGACACGUACGAAGCGACCCUCCUCAAGGAAGAGAGGCCAAACGCGUAAUGCGGGCGUGCAGAACGAUGUCGGCGCACAUUGCCUUAGAAGCGGCGGACUGGAAGUCAACAUACUGCCACCACGACUACGCCAGCGCUCUGGGAAUGGCCACAUCGCGCGAACCAAGCAAACAAGACUCCCUUUCGAGUCUAGUCCUAAAUUCACGACAUACGACUCGGACGAGGAUGAAAUCAAUCUGGCAAGGGGGGAAACAUAUCCUAGAGGUACGGAGCACUACGUGGGCGCGACUCCUAAACCAAAGGAGCACGAACAAGCCAAGAAGAUGACGAAGAAAGAGAAGCGAGAAGCCGCUCGGAAGAGCACAUUACACACCUUCACGAGCCAAAGAAAAGGUAUUGAUAACGGUCGGAGGAAGGGCUUUAUGCGUGUACAAAUUGAUAUGGCUGAUGAUGGUCUGGAGCAAGCAUUCAACCCACUACAUCCGACCAAAACUGAGCAGAAAUCGCGGCCUUUCAUCAGAGCGGCGUCUGCUCCUAAACAACGUUUCUAUCACCGGGGAAAUGACGGCAGUAGUGGACAGCCUGCUCUAAAACAAACUUCCUUGCACGAUUAUUCCGUCGAUGACGGUCCGACAACGGAUAUCUGUGAAUGGUCGAAUGCAGUGAGGCAACCCGGCGGGCGGUCGGCUACUUCUGUAUGGCAUGAAGACGCUAGGGUUCAGACUUGCACAUUGGAUGUGAAUAUCGCCGGGCCUACUCCCGGGCUGGCGUUUGGUGGCUCAACUUACCUUGGGAAACAGCUUCUUCCCAACUUGCUCGACUUUGUCAAAAACGGAAUUCUCUCGCUUCCGAACCCAUAUACAGGCUUUGGCCUUAUUGACCUUGAUGCAAAUAUGUCCGUUGGCCGCCUUGUCGAUUCUUUAGAGAUAGCAAGUAACCUACUGUCUGAAUGGCUCGACGAUGAUUCUGCUCAAGCAACGGAUGAGGACAAUGUACGCCGACAUGAGCACAUGAUUCAUUCGCUCUGUCAUUUCACGGCUUGGGUCUAUACUAAUUACGAAGAGAGGGAGACUAUCCACACAGCCGUCUCGUCCUGUGCUGCUCGGAUCACGGAGAAGCUGCGCGAGAAGGUGGGAAGGUUUUCUAUACAGGCAUCCUGUCUUAACAUACCUUGGCUUGCCGUAAUAUGGUUUGUUGUCGAGAUCACGACAGUGCUGUUUGCGGCCGCUCGGAGACAGGCAUUGUCACUGGAUACCAGCUGCUGCAAAGAAUCUCUGACACUCUUGAUCAAGAGCCUGAAGGACUAUGGAAUGGGAAAAGCCCUGGACCCAAUAGAGGCACGUGAAGUAUCGAGCCCAACUGUGCCUUUACGCAUCGCAGAGCUCUGGGUUUGCCUAAUCCAUUUGUUGCCCGAGAUCAAUGUUCUGUACCAGGAGCAUUCAGGUAAUGAUAGCGUCUUUUGGUCACUUGUACUUCCAAUAACCAAGGACGACAAGGAAUCCACAUUGAAGAGUGUGGAAUUCAGUGAGCGACUGUGGAAGUUCAUCUUUGGCCUAUCCGCAUUGUCGCACUUCUCUACCCAUGGUAUUGCUACCACUGAUCCUCGUCUACCUCCAUCGUGGGAGAUCGUUGGCCUUGCUCUGGAUGCUAUCCGUCUUACUCAUGACUCAGAAAGAGACUCGUUCGUGCCACGCGAGAGCCUGAAGCGUCGAGACAGGUACGUACGUAUGGUCGUAGCACGUUGCUUCCUGCUCGGUACAAAGUGGAAAUGGCCGCUGGCCGACGCACACGCGAUGUUCAAGAGACUCGUUGACAUUUUCAGAAGUCGAAAUUUUUCGAACUUACUGGGAGAGGAAUCGGAGUUCCCGGCGUUUCUGCGUUAUCACGAUCUAGCAUUGUUGGACGAAUUACGCACUAGCGACACAGCCUUCGGGCUGUAUCUAAAACUCGUCAUGAAAGCAAGCAAAAGCGACUCAAACGCCUCUAAGGACGAUGCGCGUUCGAAAGCAAGGCAAGCGAAGCUGCUUUCGUUAGCAGUACCACUCAGUGGCGUCGCUUUCUCGAGGGCCCAGCCGCCUACCACGGACGAGUUAUCGAUGCUUAUAAACCGCUUCAGCGCCAUCAUCAUCGCUAUCCUCGUCGAUGGGAAAGAAACCCCUAACAUUGAUAAGCGUAUAAGCCAUGCGCGUCGGUUCAUCAAUUUUGUCGAUGCGGAUGACAGAAGCAGAGAUAUUUGUAUUAAAGCAGCGAUGUAUAUUGUCAUCGCUGCAAACCAUUUGUAUCUUGGCCUUGAUAGACCGCUGGCAUGGCUUGGGGAGAUGUGUCAGACGCUCCUAGACGAAUUUCAGAGAGCGAGCGCGCCAGUUCAAGCGAAAGAACCGGGUGCGCGGAAGGCAGAUAACAACCAAGACAAGCCUACGAUGAGAAUUGAGGAGUCGAAUCCUCGAUAUCCUGAUAUUGGUUUGCUGUGUGGCCCAUGGAUUAAGGUGUUCUCCAUGAGGGAGCUUACCAAUAUGGUCACGACCCGGAUCCAAAUAUUGCAACUCGUUCAAUCCUUCCUUCAAGCGCGGGCAAAGGUCUUUCCAUCUUCUCAUCGCUUGGCGCACCCUCCGGGACCGGAGGAGAACUCGGAAAGCCAAGAAGCAUACGGUGAUUUCGGAUUUGAUGACGAGAUUCUUGCUGCCCUGCCUAUGGAUGGUGAACAGGACGAGAACUCAAAGAAAGACAAGGAAGUGGCCAAGGUCGUAAACGCGGACGUGAUCCCCCACAUAUUUCGCCUACUCUUGCAGUAUUUCAACGAUCCGACCGCUUACCCCUCGGAUGAAGGAAAGCUGGAAGACUUCUGGGCUAACGCUGAUGAUUGGAUCGACUGCUGGGUUGGCUGUGCAGCCAUUGUCGUGAGGAAUGAAAUAAGGACCUGGGAUGAUUAUUUGAACAUCGGUUCACAGUCCUGGAGUGCAAUCAGCGAUUCAUUCUUCCGUCGACGCGUUGCGGUUCGCUUCAUGCACCAGCUUCUGAAGUGCGAUCCAAAGGCGUACAAUAAGGAUCGUGAAAGGCAUUUCCUUGGUGUACUUCUUCAAUCGCUUGUCUCGUUUAAGGUCACAAUGGAGCAUGAAUAUUCAUCAAUACUAUUUUCCGUUGACGGACUUCGACAUACAAUGCUACGCGAUGUACCAGUGACAAGAGCUGCAGGUAAAGACGGAUUACACCUGACUCGCACGGACUUUCUACAUGUACGAGAAGAUAUUAUUACUCGGAUCUUUUCAAAUCUCAACAUGUGUCUACUUUCGAAUGGUUCUGAGCGUGAUAAAAACGUAUUUGUUGAAUGCGUGGUAGAUAUGCUAUCAUCGAUGCAGGAUAUAUGGAGGAACCUCAGAACCCUCGAGGACCGUGACAAAUACAGUGAACUCUGCCGCCACGUCUUCUCAAAUAUUAGGAAGCACGUACGGGUACAAGGUUUACCGCGUCUAGCAACAUACCUCGCAUGGGGAGCGUCGUUUGACAAGUUUGAUAUGUAG